GAUCAGGACUUUGGAUAACACUGGCUUUCUUUACGGGUGUGCGAUCUUUUUCCUCUGGAACUGAGGUAGACUGUUUUCAGGAUAUAACCUAUACCGUUUAAUACACAAAGCGUGGCUUUGUUGUAAGAGCCUCCAAAUGGAAAAAAAAGCUUUGGCUCUGAAGAGGAUGAUUGAGAAACAUUCUCCUAAAAAGGAGAAUCUGGACCCUCGAAAGUGGAUAAGACCGGAGACUGUGAGGGGAUUCAGUGACUUUGCUCUGAACAAGCAUUCAAACAAAGAGACGGACAACAGUUUUGAUGACGUAGAGAUGUUGCUUGAGGCUGAGAAGGAGUUUAUCGAAGCAGCUAAGAGGAACGAUGUGGAGACCAUGACAGAUCUUGGAAAAGGGUUAAAUGCCAACGUAAAGAAUGUGCAAAAUAGGACUGCCCUUCACUUUGCAGUAGCUUGCACAAACAAAGAAGCUGUUAAGCUGCUGUUACAGCGAAGGGUCAAAGUGGACCAAAAGGACAAGUACGGCGUAGCACCCAUUCAUUUGGCUGCCUGGUUUGGCAGUUUGGACAUCCUGAAAUUAUUAGUGCAGGCUGGAGCAGAACAGAAGGCUGAGAACGAGGAAGGACUCAAUAUUUUGCACUGUGCUGCCAUCAACAACCAUACUGAAAUCGUAGACUACAUUGUAAAUGACCUGCAGAUGAAAGAACUUGACAAGGAUGACCUGUCAGGACACCGAGCAUUUGCACUGGCAGCAGAACACGGGUGUGUUAAGAUGUUACAGGUGCUCAUGGAGCCAUACAACAUGGCCACCAUGAAGCCCAACAAGAGAGGGGACACGCCCCUGCACUUAGCUGCCAGGAACGGCCACUUGGAUGUCGUCCAACUGCUGCUGCAGAGCUUUGAUACUCGGGAUGAAGUCAAUAUGGAUGGUGAGACCGCUCUGUACCAGGCUGCAGACCAUGGUCAGGAAGAAUGUGCUCAGGUCCUGCUGGAGGCCGGUUGUGACCCCAACAUACUCACAGUGGCCAAAUGCAGCGCUCUCCAUACAGUUGCAGAAAAAGGAGACGCGGCUCUUGUUCAAGUUCUCUUGCAGUACAAUGCCCAGGCGGACUUUCAAAAUCAGGAUCUAGAGUCACCUCUCCACCUGGCAGUGAAGAACAGUCACAUCCCUGUUAUCUAUUACCUAUUGGAGGCUGGCUGCAAUAUCAAUGCCACAGAUAAGAGGUCUCAGACAGCUAUGCACAUUGCUGCUGAGACUGCCAAAGCUGAGGUUGUGGAAAUGCUUCUUAAAGCUGGGCCUGAUCUAACAGUCAAGGACCGGCAGGGUAAGACUGCUCUGGGUGUUGCAGCCAGAGCAGAUGAGGUAAACAUUGUGGACAUGAUCAUCAAAGCAGAACGAUACUAUGACCAGAAAAAGGCUAACCCUGAGCUUAAUGAGAUUGUUCGCACCGAGCAUGCACUGACGUUCAAAUUUGACCGCCGCAGUGAGAACAAGGAGCUGUAUUCGAUGGCCUGGCGCCUGGCGUACAAGCUGCUGAAACCAGGAGACUGGAAAAGACUGGCAACACACUGGGACUUUACUCAGGACCAAGUGUCUGCCAUCGAGGAGCAGUGGACAGGUCAGCACAGUUAUCAGGAGCAUGGGAACAGAAUGCUGCUGAUCUGGCUUCAUGGGGAGGAACUGGCUCUGAAGGCCCCUGCUAAAGACCUCUACCAGGGCCUCAUCUGCACUGGGAACACAAAAGCUGCAGAUAAGAUUCGACUGGAGGCAGAGGAAGUCAGCAGUAAAAGAUGUACCAUUUCAUGAAGAGGAACACUGCAGUAUUUACACUGUUCGCAUCACUGUCAAAGAAGCAUCACUACAGGACUACUGCAGUAAAAUAAUUUAUUUUAAAAAUAACGUUGUGCGUCACACCAUUAGCAUAUAGCUUUGGUUUCGUCAAGUAAACAACAUGUGCUGUUGGAUGGUCGCCUUGCAGUACACCGUUAUCUGUGCAUAAUUUAAAGCAAAGUAAUAAAUGUUCAUUUUGGAA